GGCCCCCCCGGGGCCCGCGACGGGGUGCUGCGCCGUGGCGCCCCGGGGUUCCACUUUCCCUCGUCAUCGAAGCCCCCGCGCGCGAGUUCGCGAUUGUCAUCCAGCUGGUCGUUGUUAAGUGACCCAUUUUUUUUUUUAAAAAAAUCGAAUGGUUAAAACUCCGGUAACUGCAGCGGCGGGACCCCUUAACCGCUGCCUCGUCUUCGGGAAAAAAAAAGAAAGGAUCGGCCGCCCGACCCUCCCGAGGCUCGUACCCUUUGGAAACUCGCCGUGCCCACCGCGGCCCGCGCCGGCGGCUGGCUGCGGCUCGGUGCUCUGCGCCCCCGCCCCGGCUCGGGGUCCCUGGUCCAAUCUCGCUUCCCCUCCCCCUCUUCCUCUCGUUCUGCCUUUCUUUUUUUUUUUCCCUCUUUCCUCCGAAACCCACUCUAAUUGAGGCGCUGGGAUUCCUCACGUGAGACGUUGAUUUGUAGUUUGAACACGUGGCUCAUUCAAAAAGCCGGACACUCGGAGCGGCUGCCCCCGCCCCGCUCCCUUCCCCGCUGCCACUCACCCCUCGGGUUUUUUUUUUUUUUUUACGGGGAGGCGGCGCCUGCCCCACGUAGUGUGAUAUUUUCACAGCCCGCUGGCCGCUGCCAAAGGGGUUGGGGAGGAAGAGACAAAAAGUAGUUUCCCCCCGCGCCUCCUCCUUUCUCUCGCUGAUCCCGCCUCCUCCCCAGAGUUAGGAAGACUCGACGCUGGGCUCGUCGCUAGGCUUUUUCUUUCUCUCUCUCUCUCCUUUUUUUUUAAUACCCAGAAGAGGAAAAAAGGACCCUGGGAUCUGCUUUUCGCCCGCCGCUCCCGUGCUCGGGUCACCGUGUGUGGGUUUGAAAGGCGAGAAGAGAGGAACAAAACCCGCCGGCUCCAUCCACCGCCGUGGGGGCUUUUAAUUGAGCGUCUGCCUCGGCUUUUCAAACGACCCCCUCUUCCACAAUGAACAAAUUGUACAUCGGGAAUCUAAGCGACCACGCCGGCCCCGCGGACCUGGAAAGUGUCUUCAAGGACGCUAAGAUCCCGGUGGCCGGCCCCUUCCUGGUGAAGACGGGCUACGCGUUCGUGGACUGCCCGGACGAGGGCUGGGCCCUCAAGGCCAUCGAGGCGCUUUCAGGUAAAAUGGAACUGCACGGGAAACCGAUGGAAGUUGAGCACUCGGUCCCCAAACGGCAGAGGAUUCGGAAACUUCAGAUACGAAAUAUCCCGCCCCACUUACAAUGGGAGGUGCUGGAUAGUUUACUAGUCCAGUAUGGAGUGGUGGAGAGCUGUGAGCAAGUGAACACGGACUCCGAAACCGCAGUUGUAAAUGUAACCUACUCCAGUAAGGACCAAGCCAGACAAGCCUUAGACAAGCUGAAUGGAUUCCAGUUAGAGAACUUCACCUUGAAGGUCGCCUACAUCCCGGAUGAAACGGCUGCUCAGCAGAAUCCCUCGCUGCAGCUCCGAGGGCGCCGGGGGCCAGGGCAGCGGGGCUCAUCCAGGCAGGCGUCUCCAGGAUCAGUGUCCAAGCAGAAACCCUGUGACCUGCCUCUGCGCCUGCUGGUGCCUACCCAGUUUGUUGGAGCCAUUAUAGGAAAAGAAGGGGCCACCAUUCGGAACAUCACCAAGCAGACCCAGUCUAAAAUCGAUGUCCAUCGUAAGGAGAAUACAGGGGCUGCCGAGAAGCCCAUUACCAUCCUCUCUACCCCUGAGGGUGCCUCUGCAGCUUGUAAAUCUAUUCUGGAGAUCAUGCAUAAGGAAGCGCAGGACACCAAACUCACAGAGGAGAUCCCCCUGAAGAUAUUAGCUCACAACAACUUUGUAGGCCGUCUUAUUGGUAAAGAAGGAAGAAACCUUAAAAAAAUCGAGCAAGACACAGACACUAAAAUCACAAUAUCUCCGUUGCAGGAGCUCACGCUGUACAACCCGGAGCGCACCAUCACUGUUAAAGGCAGCGUGGAAACGUGUGCCAAGGCUGAGGAGGAGAUAAUGAAGAAAAUCAGGGAGUCUUACGAAAACGACGUUGCCUCCAUGAAUCUUCAAGCACACUUAAUUCCUGGAUUGAAUCUGAAUGCCUUGGGUCUGUUUCCACCCACUUCAGGGAUGCCACCUCCCACCUCAGGGCCCCCCUCAGCCAUGACUCCUCCCUACCCACAAUUUGAGCAGUCGGAAACGGAGACUGUGCACCUGUUUAUUCCCGCCCUGUCAGUUGGUGCCAUCAUUGGCAAGCAGGGCCAGCACAUCAAACAGCUUUCUCGUUUUGCAGGAGCUUCGAUCAAGAUCGCUCCAGCCGAAGCACCGGAUGCAAAAGUGAGGAUGGUGAUUAUCACUGGACCACCAGAAGCUCAGUUCAAGGCUCAGGGAAGAAUUUAUGGGAAAAUUAAAGAAGAAAACUUCGUUAGUCCUAAAGAAGAGGUGAAGCUUGAAGCUCACAUCAGAGUGCCGUCCUUUGCUGCUGGCAGAGUUAUUGGGAAAGGAGGCAAAACGGUGAAUGAACUUCAGAAUUUAUCAAGUGCUGAAGUUGUCGUCCCCCGUGACCAGACACCUGAUGAGAAUAACCAAGUUGUUGUCAAGAUAACUGGCCACUUCUAUGCUUGCCAGGUUGCCCAGAGGAAAAUUCAGGAGAUUCUGAAUCAGGUGAAGCAGCACCAGCAGCAGAAGGCCCUGCAGAGCGGACCCCCUCAGUCAAGGCGGAAGUAAGGGCUCAGGAGACAGCCACCACAGAGGCAGAUGCCAAACCAAAGACAGAUUUGCUUAACCAACAGACGGGUCUGACCCAUCCAGAAUCACAUGCGCGAGUAUUUCCCUAGCCGGUUGUUCUGAGGACCAGGCAACACAAACUCCUGUCUCUGUGAGAAUGUAUACUUUAUGCUCUCUGAAAUGUAUGACACCCAGCUUUAAAAAAAAAAAAGAAAAAGAAAAAAAAAAGUGGGGGUAGGGAAAGAGAACUCGGCACUUCCCUUGUGAUAUCAAAGUCUCACAAACGUGCUAAUUUCUAACAUCCUCCAUAAUGCCAGAAAUUGGCAUAAAUGGUACAU